AUGCGACGCGGAGGGGUUCGUGAUUUUACCAUCGUCCUGGCCGUAUCCACCGCUUGUUUUAUCGGCCAACUGACGCUCGGCAUCCACAUAAGAGAAUGCGACGAAGCUCUGGGUAUGGAAUCCGGUGCCAUCCCGGAUUCGGCGUUGACGGCUAGCUCGUCGUACAACGUGCCAAAUGUCGGACCCAGCAACGGGAGGUUAAAAGUGGAACGUGCUGGUGGUGGUUGGUGCCCCAAACCACCGGUAGAACAAGGAGUCCGCGAGUGGCUGCAAGUGGACUUUCCGACAGUGCACAUGAUCACGGGAGUGCAAACGCAGGGGCGAUUUGGACACGGCCGUGGACUCGAGUAUGCCGAAGAGUACACAUUGGAAUACUGGAGGCCAGGGAUGGCUGAAUGGAAACCGUACAAGAGAUGGGACGGAAAACAGAUAAUGUCCGGCAACACGGAUACCUCGACCGUGGUCGAGCACCAUCUGCUCCCGCCAGUCUAUGCAUCGCAAGUACGCAUAUUGCCGUACAGCGUUCACCGUCGCACCGUUUGCCUGAGGGCAGAGAUCAGAGGAUGCCCGUCCGACCUCGGAAUAACCAGCUACACGAUCCCGUUGGACGGAUCUGCGAAUGACAGCACAGAAGUGGCGGACCUUUCUUACGACGGUGUGGUGCGUGACGACAAAAUUCAAGGAGGUCUCGGACGUUUGGUGGACGGUGUGCGCGGUGAGGACAACUAUAAAAUGGAUAUCGGUUACGGGAAAGGUAACGGAUGGGUUGGAUGGCGUAAAGAAUCUUUUUCAAAGGGAUAUGUGGAACUAGUAUUUGAAUUUAGCGAAGUAAGAAAUUUUUCGGCUGUGCACAUAUUCACCAACAAUUUUUUCAGCAAAAACGUACAGGUUUUUUCAAAAGCGAGGGUACAGUUCAGCGUGGGAGGAGUACACUAUCAAGGACGUUCGGUUUGGUAUACGUACAUGCCGGAUACUGCGUUGGAAAAUGCCAGAGAUGUCGACAUACAGUUGCAUAAUCACGUUGGAAAGUACGUGAAAAUUCAACUUUACUUCUACAGCAAAUGGAUAAUGAUCAGCGAAGUGAAGUUUGAUUCCGAACCGUUGGCUCAGAACGUGACGGUGGACGCAGACGCGCCGUUCGAGGACGAGCAGCUGGUCGGAGGAGCGGUGGAUCCGCCUUGGGACUCGCCCGACACCACUGCACACAAGGAAAAGGAUGACAGGACAGGUGGAGGACUGGUGGAAGUGCUCAUCGGCGUGCUGACGGCCGCCACACUCAUCUUGCUUGGGAUUUGCGCCAUUGUGUUAGCUCUGAGCCGCCGUAAGAAGCAUCAGACGAUCAGCACUUCGAUAUUCAAAAAGCCGUUUGGCGUGGCCAUAAACAUGAAGGACAUAUUCAUGAACCUGUCACCGCACAACAACAACACUACCGGCGUCAACAACAACAACAACCAUAACCACGGUUCGGGAAUCGGAGGCGGUAAUCGGCACAUCACCGAGAACCCGUUGGUGGUCGGCGAACAGAUGCGCAGUGACAGUUUCGCGUCGGAUGCUUACGACAAAUCGCAACACGUCGUUUACGAAACACCAUUGUUGGCCCGCAAAGACUACGAGACAAUUCGCAAUAGCAAAGACGCGAGGAGCACGAUUUCCGGAAAAGAGUUUUGUCGCAGCGACUCGGAACGUGGAUCGCUGAGCAGUCUGGACACCGACGUCCGAGCCACCGAAUAUUCGACAAGGGACAGCGUCACUUCGCUGCACUACCGAAGCCUGCAGAGCCAACCACCGCCGCCUCCAGUGCCGGUUCAGGUUGACGCCCCGGUUCGGCCCAAACACAUCCAGUGCAACACCGAAAUACAGGCCACUAGGAAAAGGUUUCACACGGCACCCCGCGAAAAGCACAGGAUGGCGCCCCCUUCGGUGUCGUGGAACAUCAGUCCCAGCAUGGGCCAAGUGUACAAGUGCCGGGAAGCGGACAUUGUGCAGAUACCGCGGUACUGUUUGAACGUGGUCAGCAAGCUGGGCGGCUCGCACCUUGGGGAGGUGGCCGUGUGCGAGACGACAAUGGAUGUCCGCUUGACGGACAACGGACGCGUGGCGGCCAAGACUUGCAACUCCGAAUCGACCAGGGAAGUCAAGUUCCUGUGCAGUCUGCUCGAUCCGAACUUAGUGCGCGUGUUCGGAGUGUGUGCCAACGAGUCGCCACCGUGGUUGAUCACCGAGUACCCGGCCGAGCUUGGAGACCUGGUCAUAGUGUUGAGGACGCACUCAGCGCUCACGUAUACGACUCUAAUGUUCAUGGCCACUCAAAUCGCAUCGGCCAUGAAGUAUCUGGAAUCCAAGAACGUGGUGCACAAAGAUUUGGCGGCCAGAAACUGUCUGGUUUCGAGAGGCUAUUCGAUCAAAGUGGCUGACGUGGCAGUGUGCAAUCCGGCUUACAAAAAGGACUAUAGCGAAAUCGGAAACAGACCUCCGGCACCGAUUCGAUGGCUUCCAUGGGAAAGCAUACUAUUGGAUCGAUACACUUGUCCGAGCACGGUAUGGUCAUUUGCCGUAACAAUGUGGGAACUGUUGAACAUGGCCAGAGAUAAACCAUUUCCGCACCUUACCAACGAGCAGGUCAUACACAACGCUGAGCAGAUGUACUACGGAGGCGAGCUACAAGUACUACUACCCAAACCUAACCUGUGCCCCACCGAGAUUUACGAGCUCAUGUGCCAAUGCUGGAAGCGCGAUCAAAACCUAAGGCCCACGUUCAAACAACUUUACCAUUUCUUGAAACGCAAUCACACGACGUACUCGUGCGAGAUUGACAAGCAACUGCACAACAUCUCACCGAUAUAA